AUGAAGCGACCUCUUUGUACGAGACUUUCAAAGCCCUCCUUUCGCGUUUCCGCGUUCUGCCCCCUGGUGGACGCCGCGGGGACUGCGCUCCAGCUCAGGAGUGCCGAAGAAGAGCCUGGGGCUGGGGUGCAGCUCAGUUGCAGAGCUGCUCAGUGUGUCCGAGGCUCCUUUCCCUGGAGCACGAGUCCUGGUGAAUCUCCAUCUUCGGAUAAGGAGGCAGGCCCAGAAAUGGGGAGUGACUGUCUGUCCCCCAGGAGCCAGGGUGGAAAUCCAAAGAAACGGGCUCAGAAUCCUCUUCUUUUAAACUGUGCAGGAAACCCACGGCACGCAGCAGGACCCUUCAUACUUCCGGUUCCGGGUGCUCUGGGGACCACUCACUGCUCCCUGACGAGAACUGUUGGUCCAGAACUACUGCAGUCACCACCCUCUGUCCCCUUGGGGUCGGCCAGAAGCACUGCUGCAGUGUCGCUUCCUCUACGCAAAAAUGAGGAGGAGAUCAUACUUCCGGUUCCGGGUGCUCUGGGGACCACUCACUGCUCCCUGACAAGGACUUACAACGGUCUGGGCGCCUGCCUGCAGGGCCCAGCGGGCGUGCCUGGACGUGACGGCAGCCCUGGUGCCAACGGCAUCCCCGGUACCCCCGGGAUCCCCGGCCGGGAUGGGUUCAAAGGAGAGAAGGGCGAAUGCCUGAGGGAGAGCUUUGAGGAGUCCUGGACCCCCAACUACAAGCAGUGCUCCUGGAGUUCGCUGAACUACGGCAUAGAUCUUGGAAAGAUCGCAGAGUGCACCUUCACCAAGAUGCGCUCCCACAGCGCGCUGCGCGUCCUGUUCAGCGGUUCGCUGCGGCUCAAGUGCAGGGGCGCCUGCUGCCAGCGCUGGUAUUUCACCUUCAACGGGGCUGAGUGCGCCGGGCCGCUCCCCAUCGAAGCCAUCAUUUACUUGGAUCAAGGAAGCCCCGAGCUGAAUUCAACAAUUAACAUCCACCGCACUUCUUCCGUGGAAGGACUCUGCGAAGGGAUCAGCGCUGGCCUCGUGGACAUCGCCAUCUGGGUUGGGACCUGCUCCGAUUACCCCAAAGGAGAUGCCUCCACAGGCUGGAAUUCUGUGUCGCGCAUCAUUAUCGAAGAACUGCCCAAAUGAACCCUUUCAGUUUCGUUCUCUACCUCCUUCUGUAAUUAUACCUUCGAACGGUUCCUCUAAAUGGUAUUUGAAAAAGUGUAUACAUAUACAUCUAAGUGGAAAACAAAGGUAGCCAUGUUUACAGACCGAAGUGUAAUCUCACACAGCUUCUAGAUCUAGUUUAUCCAUUUUACUUCAACCAAAUCUGGUGUCAGGGUCUUAGACGACCAGAAGACCUUCUUCAUGUUCCCGUCCCCUGAACCGUGGUUUGGAAUUCCAUGUGGUGCUUGGUUUUUCCUGUUCUCCUAGUGUAGCAGUUUUAAAGAUAAAAAAGUUACCAGUCUUUCUACAAGUUGUGUGUAGGAUUCUUUUACAUCUGUUAAAUAAAACACAUUUCAAAUGACUUUAAUAUCUUUAACCUACCUGCCAUUCAAGUUGGAGUUGCUGGCACUUGAUAUCUGAAAGGCUGACUAUAAAUCUAAUUUUGUGUUUAUUCCUUCAACUAUUGAUAUAUGAAUUUUUAGUACAUGUAUACUGUGGUUCUGCAUUGUGAAGGAUACAAAGAAAAAAGGUGUUUAGUUCUCAGGAAACAUGAGCACUUUAAGAGUUUAACAAAGAAUAGAAAAGACACAGAGUUGGACCUCAAACUGCUUACUUAGUAUAAAGGAUCAAACAUAUAUAAAAAUAAAAGUGUUGAAGAGAGUGGUAGAGAUCAAAGGAAAUACAGUCACUCUGAUCAGAAAAAAUUCCUGCAGGCUGGACAGGCGUAGACUGAUGAACAUAAGUAGAUUUUGGGGCCCAGCAUGGGCUCAUGAAGGCCUUUAUCUUGGACACAGCUGGAAAACAAUAAGGACAAAGUUGCCUGGCUUUGUUUACAGGAAAGGCCCAGGAGCAUUGACCAGCCCUGUGGAGUUAAGGAUCCCUGACACUUGAGUGAGUGUGUCAGCUAUUUGUGUAUGUGACAAAAGACCUGAGAAACUGUAGCCGAGAAAGUUUUAUCUGGGCUCAGUUUCAGAGCGUUCAGGUCAUGGUCACUUGGUUCUUGCUCCUGGGCUUGUUGUGGUCAGCAGAAUAUCAUGGUGAGGAGCAGAGAAACUUGCCUCAUGGCAGACUGGAGCCAGAGAGGAAGCAGCUGGCAUCAAAUCACAGCCCCAAGGUGACACAGGCCCCAACCCCAACUUUCUUCAAGUAGGCCCCCUGCCUAAGUUUUCAUUACCUCUCGAUACUACCAUCAGAUGAUGAACCCAUCAAAAGAUUAACCCACUGAUGAGUUAAUCUAUUCAUCCAUGGGAUCCAUGACCCAAUCACCUUCCAAAAGCCAAGUGACCAAACACAUGUCCUUUAGGGGACUUUUAGAUCCAAACCCUAACAGUGACACUAGCUCUGGAGCAGGAAAUGUAUCAUAGAAGCCUGGAAUACCUUGUACUUCUGGAAAAUGAGGUGACCAGGGAAGAUAAUGCAAAAGGUGCUGAGGGGCCGGUUGAAUUGCUCCGCUGGCAAAGAUGACUUGACUGACUCAUCAGUAAAGGUAACUGUGACAGCUUGAGACCUACACACGUGUUCAAAUGCACGAGUUCCUAAUGUGUCCAAAUAAAGUCUGGAAUGCCAGCAGACCAACUUACACUUCCAAAAUUCGUAAAUAGAAUCAGUAUCUAUUGUUUUGUUUUGAUUUUUGGUACCAGGGAUCGAACUCAGGACCUUGUGCUUGUGAGGCAGGCAGUGGAACCACUGAGCUAAAUCCCCGGCCGUAUUCUGCCUUCUUUAUUAUGACCUGUAUCUCCAAGUAACCAAAUUGUUUAUGAAGGAAAACUUUCUAUCAUCUAUAAAAUGGAUGUUGGGAAAUGGGAAGAAGGUGUUCAAUGGGAAAGGGGAACAAGGCAGG